AUGGAGAUAGCUCUCGCGCCGCUUGAAAAAGCAAAAUUACCAUCUAAUGUAGGAAAGUUCAACGGGUUGACAGACCCAGAUGAUCAUUUAAGGGUGUUUACAAGUACAGGUUUGGUUGGGGGCUGGACCCUACCAUUAUGGUGCCAUCUGUUUGUACAGACCCUGACCAGCGCGGCGAGAAUCUGGUUCGAUAACUUGCUAAUCGGACAGAUCGUAUCAUGGAAAGAUUUGCGUGAAAAAUUUCUGACUCAUUUUAGCCAACAACGGCGUUCUAUUCGCGACACAUCUGAUGUCAUGAACAUUUGGCGCCACGACGACGAAAAUCUGGAAGAUUUUAUCACUAGAUACAACAAAGAGGUACUGGAGAUUGGCGGUGUUCAUGAACAACUAAUCCGCGCUCAAUUCAAGUACGCGGUUAGGUGUGAUGACAUGAUUAAGGUCUUAUCUGGAACAGAAGGCCUCCCAAAAAGUUGGGAGAAGGUGAUGGCGGCGGCCAAGGUUUACGCGCAAACCGUAAAGAACCUUACCACAAACAGGCCACCACCACCACAUAAUAGACCCGCGGACUUAAGCUCAACUGGCGAGAAAAAAAUUAAGAAAUCAUGGCGCGAGUCUGGCUCGGGAAAUCGUUCGUCUGAAGAUGCUCGAGCAACGAUCAACAAACUCACCGCGCAGAGGGAAUCUAAACAGGAGAAUAGGGAGAGGCAGUGGACUCCCCUAACUAAGACCCCGGCGGAAGUCUUGAGCACUGAAGACUAUCAGCUCAAACCUCCAAUCCCCAUGAAAAACAAGCAGGGACAGGACCCCGCCCAAUAUUGCGAGUAUCACAAGGAUAGUGGUCAUACCACUAACAACUGCAUUUCCCUGCGUACAGAAAUAGAGAAAGCCCUCAAAAGUGGCGAGCUCACACAUUUGCUUCAAAAUGUGCGUAAGGAAAUAAAGCAGAUAACCGGGGCGACGAGGGCCCGAGCAAAAGGGCAAAAACUUAAUAAACAACUCUAUGAAUUCACCGCGGGAAAACAGGAUUUAUCAAACGAAACGGGAAACUUAGAGUAA